AUGUCCGAUAAUGACCACCGUCCAUUACCAGGCGCCGGCACCACCGCGCCCGAUCAACCUCUCACUCUGCUUGCCACCCGAUCCGAACACUUGGAGACUCGCGAUAUCAAUGCUGGUACUCUCGCAGCUGAGGGAGAUGGAAAGAUCGUCAUCCUGAACAAUUUCAUCAUCAAAUGCCCCCCGGACCACGGAUUGGAUACCCUCAGUCUCGAUGUGAUUGGACUGAACCGAGGAGAGGAUCCUACGAAGUUAGCAAUGGAAAAUGUUUCUGAGACAAAGUGGGAGUGCUCUAGCCCUGUUCAUCUGGAUUGGGAUACUAAUCAUCUUAAGCUGGUUGCUCAUUCAGACCGUGAUGAGGCCCUAGGUUUUGUUGUCCUCGAGAAGGAUGAUAUAUUAUCAUUAGUUUCAAAAGAUCAAGAUACACAACUGGAAUUUGAUUUGAAAGAGAGUAACCUCCAUCUGAAAAUAUCUUUUGCCCUUGCUGUCCACAAGCCAAUCCCAGAAGCACAAUCUCCCUCUCAGACCAAUACCAUAUUACAGUCUAUCUUGAACUCUGAGCAAGAUCUUGUUCAUUUCACCUCCAUGAUCAAGCAGCUUCCCAACGAUCCUGGGCUUCUCAAUUAUCUAGGAGAUGUCUUCAAUGAUCAAUUUGAGGAAACUCACCAUGAAGAUGAUAUUCAUAAAGCCAUCUUGGCUUAUGAAUCAGCAGUUGCUCUAUCAACUUCUGAGAACUCAAACCACAGAUUCUAUCUUUGUGAUACUGGAUUGGCAUUUACUCGCCACUAUCAGUUGUCAGGGAAUUUAGAUGAUCUUGAUCAAGCUAUUCCUAUAUUUGAAGCUUCCAUUGCUUGCAAUCCUGAGGGCCCAGAGGAUCUAAUAGAAUCAUUCAACAACCUUGCAAUGGCUCUUCAAUAUAGGUUCAAUAGAACUGGCAAUCUUCCAGAUCUUCACUACUCUAUCUCCCUUCUUCAAAGUGCUGUCAAAGAGACAUCUGAGGAGAAUCCAAUUCUUCCACUGGUUCUCAAUACUCUUGGAACUUCUUUUCAGAUGCUUUUUGAAAGAUCUGGAGAACUUGAUGACAUUUCAGCAGCAAUUUCUGCAAAGCAGAAAGCUGUUGAUCUUACUCCAGAUGACUCUGAUGGAAAACCUGCAUUUUUCAGAAUGUACGGAACGCCCGACAAUGUGUGCGUUUCCGAUUUUGUCAUUUCAUCCUACACUCCCACCGUGAGCGCGCUUGUCAAUAAGAUAAAAGAAGUGCCGAAGAAGGAAUCGGAAUCAAGCCUUCUCCUCAUCAGCCAACCAAAUACACCAGGGAAGGCCUCGAUCCCGGCGACGAGGGAAGAGACUCAUGCAAUUCACGAGAUGAUGCGACAAGCAGGCAUACAGUCUCUCUUACUCGAAGAUGACGAAGCAACGACGACGCGAGUGCCCGAAGAGCUGAAGGCGCACGGUUGGGUCCACUUCGCAUGCCACGGAAGCCAGGACCCCGCAGAACCUCUCAACAGCGGCGUCCAUCUCCACGACGGGUGCCUUACCCUGCGUGAGAUUAUGCGCCAGCAUAUCCCGAACACCAAGCACGCAUUCCUCUCGGCAUGUGAAACGAGCACUGGGCAUGGGGAUCUCUCGGAUGAAGUGGUCCAUCUCGCAGCCGGGAUGCUAGCUGCUGGGUACCAAGGAGUGGUCGCGACGAUGUGGUCAAUCAAGGAUGACUAUGGACCGAAGAUUGCGGGGGCGUUCUACGAGCAUCUUUUGGAGGGCACGGCUGGCGAAGGAGGAAAGAAACGCCUCGAUGGGGUUCGAGCCGCUCAUGCACUAGACCACGCGAUAUGCUCGAUCAGGGAGAAAAUUGGCGACAGCGAGGAGGCGCUCCUGACGUGGGUUCCAUACGUGCACUUUGGUAUUUGA